AUGGCCUUCACUGACCUGCUGGACGCGCUGGGCGGCGUGGGUCGGUUCCAGCUGCUGCAAACCGUGCUGCUGCUUCUGCCCUGCGGCCUCCUGGCCUGUCACAAUUUCCUGCAGAACUUCACGGCCGCAGUCCCCUCACACCACUGCCGGCCACCCCCCAACAGCUCGGCCAACAACUCAGAUGCCUGGCUCCGGGCCUCUGUCCCCCUGGACCACCUGGGGCUCCCUGAGUCCUGCAGGCGAUUCAAGGAGCCACAGUGGGCACUAGGGGACCCCAACACUUCCAGCCUUGAGCCGGCCACCGAGGGCUGCGUGGACGGCUGGGUGUACGACCACAGCAUCUUCCCAUCCAGCAUUGUGACCGAGUGGGACCUGGUGUGUGACAAGCGCAGCCUUCGAGACCUGGCUCAGUCCCUCUACAUGACCGGGGUGCUGGUGGGGGCCGCCGUGUUUGGCAGUGUGGCUGACAGGCUAGGCCGAAAGGGCCCCCUGAUCUGGUCGUACCUGCAGUUGGCUGUCUCGGGGGCCGCCACCGCCUACUUCAGCUCCUUCGGUGCCUACUGUGCCUUCCGCUUCCUCAUGGGCAUGACCUUCUCCGGCAUCAUCCUCAACUCUCUCUCCUUGGUGGUGGAGUGGAUGCCCACGCGAGGCCGCACCGUGGCUGGCAUUCUGCUGGGUUACUCCUUCACGCUGGGCCAGCUAGUCCUGGCCGGGGUCGCCUAUGUCAUCCGGCCUUGGAGGUGGCUGCAGCUCGCUGUGUCUCUCCCUUACCUCAUCUUUUUCCUCUACUCUUGGUGGCUGCCUGAGUCCUCCCGCUGGCUCCUCCUUCAGGGCAAGUCACAGCUGGCAGUGAGAAACUUGCGCAAGGUGGCAAAGCUGAAUGGGAAGAAGGAGGAGGGAGAGCGACUGACCAAGGAGGUGGUGAGCUCCUACAUCCAGAGCGAAUUCGACAGCGUCCGCACCUCCAACUCACUCCUGGAUCUUUUCCGAACACCCGCCAUCCGCAAGGUGUCCUGCUGUCUCACUGUGGUCUGGUUCUCCACCUCCAUGGCUUACUACGGGCUGGCCAUGGACCUGCAGAAGUUUGGGCUCAGCGUGUACUUGGUUCAAGUGCUUUUCGGAGUCAUUGACAUCCCGGCCAUGCUGGUGGCCACCACUACCAUGAUCUACGUGGGCCGCCGCGCCACCGUGGCCUCCUUCCUCAUCCUCGCCGGCCUCAUGGUGGUCUCCAACAUGUUUGUGCCUGAGGAUAUGCAGGCGCUGCGUACAGCACAGGCAGCGCUGGGGAAAGGCUGCCUGGCAAGUUCCUUCAUCUGUGUCUACCUGUUCACAGGCGAGCUGUACCCCACAGAAAUCAGGCAGAUGGGGAUGGGCUAUGUCUCCGUGAAUGCCCGACUUGGGGGCCUGGUGGCGCCGCUGGUCUCCACCCUUGGGGAGUUCAGCCCUGUACUGCCCCCUGUGGGGUUCGGGGUCACCUCCAUCCUGGCUGGGCUGGCUGUCUGCUUCCUGGAUGAGACGCGCAACAAGCCACUGCUGGAGACCAUCGAGGCCAUGGAGAGAAGAGCCAAGGAAGGAGUUUGCAGGAAGGAGGCAGAAGAGAAGAGCGAAGAGGUUUCUCUGCAGCAGCUGGGCACGUCUCCCCUCAAAGAGACCAUCUAAGGUUCCUGGCACUGCCCAGCAGCUCU